AUGUCAACCGCAAUUCUAGUUCCAGCAGGGUUCAAAACACAUGGAAUAAAACCAUACUGGUGGACAAUUCUUUUUUUCGGACUCGCUAUUAGUGUAUAUCAUGUCAUAAUAUCUUUCGGUCGAUUUCAAUCUGAAUCUCAUGAAUAUGAUACAUUAGUUGAUUUCGGUCUUGCAUUAUUAUGGCUUUCGGCAGCUUUAACAAACAUAUACCCAGCAUACCUCGGCUUUAUCUUAGUGUGCCAUCCAGUUGACCCACGGGGCAACCCCUAUUCACCUUCAAUAUUGGGAUGGUGCCAUGGUUACAUAACCAGCGUAGCAUUUAGUUGGAUAAUUACCUUUGUUUAUUUAAUAACGUCUAUAAUAUCACGAAAAUUAUGGCAAGCAUCCCUUCUUGAUGAUUUUGGUCAACCUAACACUUCCAAUGUUCCUCGAAGGGAAUUGGAUAAUUUUCAUAAUCAUAACCUUGGGUUUCCCGAUUUUCGUCGUAACACUACUCGCGGGAUAACCGGCCAGAAUCCUGGGCCAAGUAGCGGUCUUAAUGCGCCAGUCGCUUCUAAUCCUGGUUCUGAUACUUAUUAUGGUGCUACAAUACCAAAUAAUUAUUAUAGAAACACAUAA